AUGACUACGGCUGUAAGGACUGCAGUGCUCCGCUCCAUCGUCGCUGCUCCGACGAGAGCGUCUAUCUCCUCUACUGGAAGUCUCCCAGUCAUCCGGACUUUGGCCACCGCUGCCCCGGAACCUCCGGCCACUGGAGGCACAACUCGACGACCAAAAACAGCAUUUCAUGACAGGCUCAAUGCCGGCCCUUCGUUUGCUGACUUUGUCGGUGGCGAUAAGGAACAGCCCUUGUCGCCGGAGGAAGCCCUAGAAUUGAAAACCGCCAUGGUUGGUCCCAAAGGCAAGCAGAAAAAGAUUGUUCGCCUUCCCGAAUGGUUGAAGACGCCUGUACCCGAUGGAAAGAACUUUAAGAAAAUUCGAAAUGAUCUUCGAGGCUUGAACUUGCAUACAGUUUGCGAGGAAGCUCGCUGUCCCAACAUUUCCGACUGCUGGGGUGGCUCGUCCAAAUCCGCUGCAACGGCCACCAUUAUGCUCAUGGGCGACACUUGCACGCGUGGAUGCCGAUUUUGCUCUGUCAAGACGUUAAAGGCGCCGCCGCCCCUCGAUCCCCACGAACCCGAGAAUACCGCCGAGGCUCUUUCACGAUGGGGGUUGGGAUAUGUGGUGCUGACAUCCGUUGACCGCGACGACCUCGUGGAUGGCGGUGCUCACCACUUUGCCGAAACAAUUUCAAAGAUUAAGCAAAAAGCUCCAACCAUGCUUGUCGAAGCCCUGACAGGUGACUAUGCCGGCGAUACCGAAAUGGUCCGCUUGGUGGCCCAAAGUGGACUUGACGUGUAUGCGCACAACGUAGAGACAGUUGAAGCGCUGACACCCAUGGUGCGAGACCGCCGAGCGACAUUCCGACAGAGUUUGAAGGUUUUGGACACGGCAAAGAAGGCCAAGGAGGGCUUGAUCACAAAGACAAGUAUCAUGCUGGGCUUUGGUGAGACAGAAGAGCAAAUCUGGGAGACUCUCAGAGAGCUCCGUGCCAUUGAUGUGGACGUAGUAACUUUUGGCCAAUACAUGCGCCCAACUAAGCGGCACAUGAAGGUCGAAGAAUACGUCACACCUGCCGCCUUUGAAUUGUGGCGCCAACGCGCGCUGGACAUGGGAUUCCUUUACUGCGCCAGCGGUCCCCUUGUCCGUAGUUCGUACAAGGCAGGUGAAGCUUUCAUUGAGAACGUGCUUAAGAAGCGCGCGCGUCAAAACCAAGCGGCCAUGUCUGGCGCGUCUGGUGUUGAGAAGGUCGAUCCGAGUGCCUUGCCUUAG